AUGACGCCUAAUAUGAGGGCCACUGCCACGCUCUAUUCGCUGGUGUUGAUGCGAUACGAGCGACAAGUGCCUGAGCCAGCGAGGGCGGACUUCACCAAAGAGAACGUACGUUCGUCAAUUCUUAUUCCAACUAAAAUGCAAAAUAAGAUAAUCAAAGAGGGGGAAAAUGGGAAGAUGACUUGGGUGGCUGAGUGGGCCCAGGUCCAAGUUGAGCUAAUCAGGUGUCCAAAUUUGAUGCUAGGGAAAUAUUCCAGAAAUUCUGCCCAAGUACUCUUCCCGCCACAAGAGCGGGUGCCUCUGCUCACCAGCACCCACACCGGUGAAAUCCCGAGGCGAUUUCUGCCAUUCGCUCACACCAGCUCUGAUUGCGAGAAAACCCGCAACAUUCGUUCGGAGUCAG